AUCUAACAAAGUAGAUAAAGUUACAAAGUCCGAGACGAAUAACGACCUUACUUAUAAGAGGUACCUUACUACGCCAGGAGGAAACUAUAAGUAAGCCCAUUUCUCUUUCUGUAUCUGUCGCCAUCCUUGUCAUCCAUUUCGAUCUCUCACAUUACCAGAUCCACUACCAGCUAGCUCUACCUUCACCUCACCUAUCUCUAAUAUCAGCGCCACUUCAGCCAUCAUGCAGAAGUCGAAGCCCUUUCCAAGAGAUCCGGACCCGAUGCCGCAGCCCGGGCCGGCGUCCAAGCCUACUGGGGUCGCUUCCAGGGCACCGCGUUCUAACCCAGCUGCUGCGCAGUCUCCGGUCGAGAUCAAAUGGAAUAAUGCCAGGUGUGGCACCACAGAGAAGAAAGCAAUUGAAAACGCCAUCAAGUACGAGUUGCAGAUUCGAGGAGUCACGCAGCAGGGAAACAUUACGGCCACAAUUGAGCAGCGUCACGAAUUCACUAUCUCCUCAGGCAAGGAGGCCAUCUGGGCAGUGAAUAUCACGGGCAGCCCUAAGCCGAAGAUCUGGCAGAUACUGUUCAAUUACAGUCUCGCCCAGGGAAAGAUUACGAAGAUCGACAUUCAUUUUGCUUGAUGAGGCGCCUCGUCUUUGUUCAACACAUCCUUCCAAGCUUGGUUUUGGUUUUAGCAUCUCCGGUGUUCCGUUGUCUGGGGUGGUGGUGGUUGUUGAUAGGAUGGUUGGUUACCAGGCACCUUAGGUUGCGGGCGUCCGUCAGGCUUACGGAUCCGUAGUGCUAGGCAGCUAGGACAGAAAAAGCCACACCCUGGUGGUGUCAUCAGUGUACUAGUAGGAGCCAGCCGCCUGGUUCAUAUCAAUCCAAG